AUGCAUUUGACUCCAAAAGAGCUCGACAAGCUGGUCAUUUCGCAAGUCGGCCAGCUUGCACAGCGUAGAUUGGCACGCGGCGUCAAGCUGAACCAGACUGAAGCGACGGUAUGCUCAUGCUGUUUGUCACAAGGAGUAGUCGCUGAUUGUGCCCUCAGNGCUCUGAUCGCAAGCGUCCUCCAAGAACUUAUCCGCGAUGGCAACCACUCGGUGGCAGAUCUCAUGUCCUUGGGCAAGACCAUCCUCGGCCGCCGUCAUGUCCUCCCGCCCGUAGUCAACUCUUUGGUCGAGCUUCAAGUCGAAGGAACCUUUCCCUCUGGUACCUACCUGGUCACCGUCCAUCACCCUAUCAGCUCCGACGACGGCGAUCUCGAGAAAGCCCUUUUGACGCGUCUANNGGUCGGAUCACACUACCACUUUGUCGAAACCAAUCCUUUACUCGACUUUGAUCGUGUCAGAGCCCUGGGAUACAGGUUGGAUAUUGCUGCUGGAACCUCCGUUCGCUUUGAGCCUGGUGACACUAAGACUGUCAACCUUGUCCAGAUUGGUGGCAACCAGGUUAUCAAAGGAGGCAAUGGCAUCGCUACUGGCUCGCUCCAUGAUUCUAGGAUUACCGAUUCUCUUGUUGAGAAACUACAGGAGGGUGGCUUCCAUCAUACCCCCGAACCUGCUGGCGAUUCUGCCCACCUUGACAUGUUUACUCUCGAACGUGAAGCUUACAUUGCUAUGUUUGGUCCCACCACUGGUGACCUUGUUCGCCUGGGUGCUACUGAUCUGUGGAUCAAGGUCGAGAAAGACUUCACUCAAUAUGGCGAUGAAUGUACCUUUGGCGGUGGCAAGAGUAUUCGUGAUGGCAUGGGUCAAUCUUCUGGACGUCCAGACGUUGAUUGCUUGGAUCUAGUCCUCACAAACGCCCUGAUCGUUGACUACACUGGCAUCUACAAGGCUGAUAUCGGUGUCAAGAACGGCAUCAUUGUAGGAAUUGGCAAAGCUGGUAAUCCAGAUAUCAUGGAUGGCGUUGAUCCUAACAUGGUCAUCGGGUCCAACACCGAUGUCAUUGCUGCUGAGAAGGAUAUUGUCACUUAUGGCGGUUUCGACAGCCACAUCCAUUUCAUCUGUCCUCAGCAGGCACCUGAAUCGCUUGCCUCAGGAGUCACAACCCUUUUGGGAGGUGGCACAGGGCCAAGCACUGGAACCAAUGCCACAACUUGCACACCAAGCGCGUGGCUGAUCGAGAGUAUGCUUCAAGCUACUGAUGUCGUACCGCUGAAUGUAGGUAUCACUGGUAAGGGCAAUGAUAGUGAGCCUGGCCCUCUGCGUGAACAGGCUGAGGCUGGUGUGUGCGGUCUCAAAUUGCACGAAGAUUGGGGAUCAACGCCCAAAGCCAUCGACACUUGUCUGAGUGUAUGUGAUGAACAUGAUAUCCAGACUCUGAUCCAUACCGAUACCCUCAACGAGUCUGGCUUUGUCGAAACUACUGUGGCGGCGUUCAAGGGCCGUACCAUUCAUAGUUACCACACUGAGGGUGCAGGUGGUGGUCACGCACCUGACAUCAUCUCUGUUGUCGAACACGAGAACGUCCUCCCAUCCAGUACUAACCCCACCAGACCUUACACCAACAACACACUUGAUGAGCAUCUUGACAUGCUCAUGGUGUGUCACCACCUCUCACGCAACAUUCCUGAAGACGUGGCCUUUGCUGAGAGUCGUAUUCGUGCGGAAACAAUCGCGGCAGAGGAUGUCUUGCACGAUCUCGGCGCCAUCAGUAUGAUGAGUUCAGACUCACAAGCCAUGGGUCGUUGCGGAGAAGUCAUUCUCCGCACCUGGAACACUGCACACAAGAACAAACAACAAAGAGGCUUCUUGGCUGAGGAUGAAGGCACUGGCGCAGAUAACUUCCGCGUUAAGCGGUACAUCUCAAAGUACACCAUCAACCCGGCUAUUGCUCAGGGCAUGUCCCACAUCAUUGGCUCCAUCGAGGUUGGCAAACUGGCUGAUCUCGUCCUCUGGCAUCCCUCCAACUUUGGCACUAAGCCUACUCAGGUUAUCAAGGGCGGUAUGGUUGCAUACAGUUUGAUGGGUGAUGCCAACGCUAGUAUCCCUACGGUAGAACCCAUGAUCAUGAGACCGAUGUUCGGCGCCUCGGUCCCUCACAACAGUAUUGCCUUUGUCAGCAGAGCAGCUCAAGCCAAGGGUGUGCGCAACAAAUGUGGUUUGAAGAAGCGAGUUGAAGCUGUCAAGAAUUGUCGAAACAUUGGAAAGUCUGACAUGAAGUUCAAUGCUGUCAAGCCCAAGAUGAAGGUUGAUGCUGAGAGUUAUGUAAGUUUACUNGUUGAAGCAGAUGGUAUGGUUUGUGAGGCCGAGCCUUCGAGUGUUCUACCUCUUGCUCAGACCUUCUAUCUUUACUAA